AUGUUCCUGUCUCCAUACCACAUCCAGUUCCUGUUGACGUUCCUCAACCUUACCCAGUACCAGUCAAAGUUUCAGUACCAGUGGACGUACCAAAGCCGUACGCAGUUAAGGUUCCACAACCUGGUACCUGUCGAUGUACCGAAGCCCUACCCCGUAUACCACACUAAACAAGUGAAGGUAGAAGUAGAAAAGCCAGUAUUCGUGAAACAAGCUGUAGAAGUUAAAGUACCAGUCCCAAAGCCCUACCCUGUAGAAGUACCAACUCCUGUCCACAUUAGAGUGCCACACCCAGUCUUGAUUAAGGAAGCUCAGUACAUCAACACUGGUGAUGCGGGUUUAAGUAACUACAGAUUCGAUGCUGCCAACUAUGGUCUGAAUACAGCAUCUGCUGGGUUGGCUAGCUCUAACUUUGGAUUGAACACGGCAAACUUAGGGAAUCGGUUGUGA